AUGUCUGCACUCCUGUCGUCGACGUUCUGGCUGCUCCUGAACACCCCUAUGGUGCCGCCCGAGCCCAAGACAAGGACGAAAUCUGUGCCGAUGGUCGACUUGAACCGUACCAAAUCGAAGCGCUCUAGGAGGAGUCCAUCGACCUCCAGCGUCGACAGCGAUGUUAGCAGCGUCGACGUCGCCGUGUCCGAUACAGACGCCCCUGCAUCUUGA